AAUACAGGCUACACCUAGGGAUAAAAAGCUGAUCCGCCGCUGACACCCAAAACAACCCUCCCCCCUACCCCGAACAACUAAUCUUCUUCAUGGGAGGAGAAGCAACCAUUUCCAUGGAAGCUUGAACACAUAAUACAAAGAGAAGCCUCAGCCGUUUUAUGAUCUGAACCCCAACCUAGACUUCUCUUCUUCUUCACACGUCACCAGCGACAAAACCUUCACCAACACACCCCUCGUCGCCGUUCCUUCUUCUUCACCUCACAGCAGACCGACUGCUAUUCCUUCACACCAGAAAUGGCCAGAAACCGGCAACGGAAUUUUGUUUUGUCAAUGGAGUUCGUUUAAAGCUCGUGGAAAGUUCAUUUUAGGUUGUCGACUGAGUUUCAAGUUCGUCGUUCCAUUUAGUGUAAUGUUUUUGUGGAGAUCGAGUCUCGUUAAAGCCCGUUCAUAGGUCACUAUCUCUGUUCGUUGGGUCUGUUCAGUUCCGUCGAGGUUAGAGUGUCGUCCGACGAGGUUCCGCUUCAUCGUGAUCCGGUACUGGUUUCUUAUUUAUUCUUGGACUCACCUACUGCUGCUGGAUUGGAAAUGCAGUUAGAUAGGUUUUGAAUUGGUUUUAUUAACAUGGUUAUAAUCAAUGAAGAUUAUCAGGUACUUUGAGCAUAAAAUGGCCUCGGGAAAUGAUGAAAUUGUACAAGAGCUUACUCCCCCAGCUGUGGAAGAGGAAUAUUUUGAUCGGGCCAGAUUCACAGGUGUUGAAUGUGAAAGAAACUAUGACAAACUCAUGUCAAAGAGCAUUAUCAAAGAAAGGGGCAUCCAUUUGGGCAAACUUGAUGCUAAAAUGCAGUAUUUUUUCCGAAGAUUGACUGACAGUGGAUGGAUUUGCUUUGCUCCUGAACCAAUCAAAGACAACUACAUAGUAGUUCGUGAAUUCUAUGCUAAAGCCUUGAAGAUCGAUUUUCAUGGGAAAGUAUUUACCUUUAUUAAGGGCAAGCGGGUCAACUUUGAUCCUAAGGUAAUAAAUGCUUACUUUAUUCUUCCCAAUGCUGAUAAUGAGGUAUGCAGAACCAGAGCAAGGGAGAGAGGAAGCCAAUGGUUGGUGGAGAAGCUUCAUGAUAGGGUAACACCGACUUGGGAAAGAUUUCACAAAGGGGUUGAUUUUUCUGAAUUCACAGCUGAAGCCAAAACUUGGUUGUCCAUUAUUUGUGCUAGAAUCCUGCCAUCUAAACAUGAGUCUGAGGUGAUGCAUGAGAAGGCAUUGAUGAUUACUGCUAUUAUGGAUGACUUGCCAGUGAACAUGGGUCAUCAUAUGGUGAGUGAGAUUGAGAAAGCAUGUAACGGGAGGUGUAAGAGUCUAUACUUUCCCUUAUUGAUCACUCAGUUCUACUAUGAUACUAGGGUGCUAAAGGACCCGAAUGAUUCUGAGAAGGACCUAGGCACUGCAAUUUAUCCAUUGCUCAGAAAAGGGCCAACUGGCGGGAAGAAGAAAAGGAGGAUUGAUGUAUCAUCUUCUUCAUUUGGGCAGUUUAUUGACACUGCCGCUAGGCCCGGGGGUUCUUCUACAGCUGCAGUAGGGCUACAUGACCCCAUUUCUCCACUUCCUUAUGGACUAUGCGCCACCUCUCCCGUCAAAUCUAUGGCGUUGAUGUACACAUUUGCCAACUUGUAGCUGGCCUUCCGUCUUGUCCAUCUAGGGAGGCCAAUUCUGCUAGGACAUGUAAGAAGCCAUCUCUGCAUGAUGUAGUUCAGCAUCAAAAAGCAUUAAAAAUAGGUUGGAAGACAUGAACCGAAGACAAGGAAAGAUUGAGAGGCAACAACCGAAGUUCAAGGAGAACGAGAAAAAGAAAAGCAAAUUUAUGUUCGGAAUAAUGCACAAGCUGAAUUCAUUCUGUGGCUCGCAUGAAUCAGAGGACGGUGAGGAGGAGGACUUGGAGCUCAAAUUUUCCACCACUUGCAGCUUCGAGUGAUACAGUUUCAGGGAGCACCUCUUUCAUUUUAUUUUGUUUUGUUUUGUUGCAUUGAGGACAGUGCAACACAUAAGGUUGGGGGUGGCUCAGUUAUAUGUUAUGAUAUAUGUGGUGAUGUAUUUGGAGCAUGAUUAUUUAGAG